AUGGCACAUGAACAUUGUAAUAAAUGUUUUCUAGUUAAUUGUCUUCAUAUAUCUUCUUGUCCAUUAAUUUAUUGUCCUAAUGGAUGUUUUGCUCGUAUGCAUGAAUGUAAACGUCAAGAUCAUGAAUAUAUAUGUUCAAAUGCUUUUAUUUCAUGUUUAAAUGUUAAUUAUGGUUGUCCAUCUAUAAUUCGACGUUCUGAUCUUUCACGACAUUUACGUAUAUGUCCAGCAUCAAUAACAGUUUGUUCAUUUAUGUAUCAUCAUGAAUAUUAUUUAAAUAAUUUAGAAAAUUCUACAAAUAAAAAUCUUAUAGAAAUAAUUGCUUAUCGUGAUAAUAUAUGGCAUGAACAUAUUAUGGCAUUUCAAAAUAAACAACAACAAAUAUAUUCAAAUUUAAGAAAUAAAAAAUUAAAAAAUACUCAAAUUGAACAUAUUAUUCGUAGUGAAAAAUAUCGUUAUAUAACAAUGCCUGAAUGUAUGUUAAGUAGAAGUGAUGGUGUUAUAUGUAGUACAUGUCGAAAACAUCUUAGACAAUUAGAAGAAAAUGAAGAUCAACGUCUAUCAGAACUUAGUGAAGAGGAACGAAAACAAAUGAUUGAUUUUAAUUUAAAUUAUGAUAUUUCUUCUGAUAAAAUAUUAGUACCAUCUCUAGUCAAAAUGUCUUCCACAUUAGUUAAUUCAUCUGAUAUAUCAAAACUUUCAUCUUCAAAUUCUUUGACAACAAAUUCAAUAACAGAAUCAGUUGAAAAUAAUUCAAUGUCUAUUAUAUCUGAUAUGGAAUUACCAACAUCAUUUAUUUAUCGUUUAAAUUAUUUUUCUUCAAAUACACAUUAUAAACCAUUAACAUCAUUUAAUAAAAGACCUGUAUUUUAUUGUCAUGCUUUAUGUCGUCGAGAUGAAAUUGAACAACAUUGGCAUAUACAUUUUCGUAUUGAUUGUAUUCUUAAUUUAUCACUUAUUCAACAAUGUCCAAAAUCUCAAUAUGGUUGUAAAUUUCAAUAUGAACGUCUUGAACCAUGUCAAUUUAAUGGACAAUCAAUUCAAAUACGUUUUGAUCAAAUGAAUGAUGCUAUUGCUUUUGAUUGGUAUCCAAAUAUAAAUGAAGAUUAUAAUAAUGAAUUAGAUUUUUUUCGAUUACCAUCAGAAAUACUUACGAAUAUUCUACUUAAAUUGGAUAGUUUAUCAUUAAGAAAUAUUUCACUUGUUUGUCGUCGUUUACGUGACUUAUGUCAAGAUUUAUUACCUUCACGAGGUAUUGUAGUUACUGAACAUGAACGUAAUAUACUUUCACAUGGAGAUGUUACUUGGAUCGAACGACAAAAACAUUGGUUAUUUACAAAUACUUCAUCUGCAGUUCCAAAAUGGCAAUUAAAAACUCCAAACAAAUCAACAUCAUUAACUCAACAUUUAAUAACAUGUCCAUAUGGUGAAACGAAAGAUCUUCAAAAUGAACCACCAUUUGCUUUAAUCGAAUGGAAUAAAGCAAAUUCAAUAAUGAUUAUGUCACGUUUAUUAUUAAAAAGAAUAUCUCGAUCUGAAUCUAGUCGAUUUUUAUCAUCAUUAACUUCAUUUGAAGUUAAACCAGAACAAAAAACUCAAGAACUUUUUGAUAAAAUUAUACGUGUUGAUCAUGCUGGAGAAUUAGCUGCUGAUAGAAUUUAUGCUGGUCAAAUGGCAAUUUUAGGUCGUACAGAUGUUGGACCAACAAUUCAACAUAUGUGGGAUGAAGAAAAAGCACAUUUGGCAAAAUUUAAUGAAUUAAUACCUAAAUAUAAAGCUCGACCAUCAGUAUUAUUACCAUUAUGGAAUGUUGCUGGUUAUGCAUUAGGUGCUGGAACAGCUUUACUAGGUAAAGAAGCAGCUAUGGCAUGUACAGUAGCUGUAGAAGCUGUUAUUAGUGAACAUUAUAACGAUCAAUUACGUGAUUUAAUGGAACAUGCCGAUCAUACCAAAGAUAAAGAAUUAAUGGAAACAAUUAAAAAAUUUCGUGAUGAUGAAACUCAACAUCUUGAUACAGGUUUAGCUAAUAAAGCUGAACAAGCACCUUUCUAUCAAGGUUUAACAAGUGUUAUUAAAAUGGGUUGUCGUUUCGGUAUCUAUAUAGCCGAACGUAUUUAG